GGACUCUUAUUAAUGCAUAGCCACAUUGGUACAUAGCGAAAGUCGCUAUCGCUACACAGCGCGGUGCAGAGACAGAAUGCUUUAGCUGUUUGACAAACUUGCUCAGUAUUUCUUUAUGUUUUGAUCAGUAGAGAGGAAAUUAUCGCAGAGAUGGCAGACCCUGCGGUGACGGGUGGCGGAUCUUUAAACGUCGGAAUGCGCUCAGGUGUUAAUAAGCCCACUACAAGUCCCGCGGAGAAUUAUUACCUGGCCCGGCGGCGCACCCUGCAGGUGGUGGUCAGCUCCCUGCUGACGGAAUGUGGCUUCGAAAGCGCUGAGAAAGCAGCCGUGGAAACGUUAACAGAAAUGAUGCAGAGUUAUAUAACUGAGGUUGGACGUUGCGCAAAAGCAAGCUGUGAGCAUACAGCCAGAAGCAGCCCUACUCUCUCAGACGUGGUUAUUACAUUGGUGGAAAUAGGUUUUAAUGUAGACUCACUUCCCUUGUAUGCCAAAAGAUCACAGAGGAUGGUCAUAACGGCACCUCCAGUGACGAAUUCCCCAGUGAUUCCCAAGGCUCUUAUUGCUGGACAGAAGCGGACUCACCCUGCUUACAUCCCUAGCCAUUUCCCAGAAUUCCCAGACCCUCAUACAUACAUCAAAACCCCGACAUUUCGUGAGCCUGUAUCAGACUACCAGGUGCUAAGGGAGAAGGCAGCUUCCCAGAGACGAGAUGUCGAGAGAGCACUCACACGUUUCAUGGCAAAGACUGGAGAGACACAAAGCCUCUUUAAAGAUGACGUCACUGCUUUUCCACUGAUAGCAGCAAAGCCGAGCUCUAUCCCGUACCUGAGUGCUCUACUGCCCUCUGAGCUGGAGCUGCAGUCCCUGGAGGAGACAGACUCGUCCGAGCAGGACGACCAGACAGACACCGAAAACAAUACCAACAACAUCAUUAGCGAGGACACAGGAGCAGAUAAGGAGAAUGCUGUUUUGCCACCUGGUGGUGGUGUGCCUACUGUGAAGAAUAAUGAGGAAAACAUGAUUGAUAACCCCUACCUUCGACCAGUCAAGAAACCGAAAGUGAGGCGGAAAAAAUGAGCAGCAAAUACAUGGACUCAAGUAUGCAAAGAAAUAGUGUUUGAAUAAAGAGACUGUUGUGCUUAUGGCUCACAGUGUGCCUCUGAAUAGAAGGAAAUGCAUUCACUGGUGCAGUUAGGAACAGUCUGCCGAUUUAACUGAGAGACAACGUUAAUGCACAACCAGCUGGCUUUGUAUAAUACUGAGGCUGACAGGCUCAACUGCUGUGUGUUUCUUAAAGGUGGGUAUUUGUAGACCAUAUGACUGUUAGACCUAU